ACAUUUUUAGCACCUUCAAAGUUUCAAACCUAUUCAAGUUUGCUGCAAGUAGUCAUAAGUGAAUGGUGAAACCCAGACUGGAGCCAAAAUACAAAAUACCAGUAAUCCAGGGCAGUUUAAUUAGCGUGGGUGUCAAUUUGGGGUGUUUUUUGUUUAGGGUGUGGCUCAUUAUGGAGAUGAGCACAGGGCGUGGCAAGGUAGAAGAACUAAACACAUCAUUCCCCGUCAGUGGGAGAAAAGGAGGCACUGCACUGCUAGCUUGGAGUGAAGAAGGACCAGCCAUGCCUCUCGCAAGCAAUGAGCUUGAAAUAUUACAAGUUAGAAAACUCAUCUAUUGCACCAGAGAGCAAGACAAAGCACAGAUACUUAAGCUUUUGGAAGGAGGUAUACCCAACCUCGUCAAUUACCAAGAUCCUAAUAAUGGUACAACAGCUUUACACGUGGCAGUCACUCUUAAUCUAGAUGGUAUAGUUGCUUUGCUUCUGGAGAAUGGAGCAAUAAAUUCAAUACAAGAUAAAGAGGGUUGUACACCAUUCAUGAGAGCCUGUCAGUAUGGACACUUGCAAUCAUUAGAACAACUGGCAAUGAAAGGACUACCAAUGCAAGUGGCUGAUGGUACAGGACUCAGAACAUUGUUCCAUUGCCUUCAUCCUACCGGCAGACAUGUGAAGUGUCUCUCAUUUCUACUGGAGCUUGGAGCUGAACCUAAUGCUAAGACAGUAGCUGGUCUACCAUUAGUGUGUGCUGCAGCUAAGGAAGGACUUGUACCUCAACUUGAGAAACUGUUAGAGAAAGGAGCUGAUCCUAAUGCUAGAGAUGUUGCUAUGCGCACUAUAUUAGGUAAGCCAGCUGUUGUUUUCGCUACGGAGGCUGGUCAUUCAGAUUGCCUGAGGCUAUUAGCUGUAUCAGGAGCUGAUCUUGAUGCCGUUUUUGGUGACUAUAAUCUGAGCGCACUUCACAGAGCUGCUAGUCUGGGGAUGUUUGAGUGUAUUCAAGUCCUCUCAGCUUAUGGUGCUAACUUUAAUAUUUUGAGCAGUUAUAAUGAUACAGCAAUUCACUUUGCCACAGUAGCAUACAAACUACUCUGCAUCAGACUACUGGGACAGAGAGGUUGUCCAGCUAAUGAAGUCAACGAAGUGGGCCAGACUCCUCAGAAGAUAGCUAAAGCUGAGGGUAUGAAGGAUGCCUUGAAAGAGCUUAAAAAGCUAACAGGAUAUCAGGACAAAGUUGGAAAGGGUGGAAAGCCAAAGGGAUUCGCUGAGUCAUGGUGCAUAAAGUUAUAUGACUGGCUUCAAGUGAACAAACUGGUGGUAUGGGAAUCACUCCAGAACUGUGUUGACAAUAAAAACGGAGUACUACCAGUUGAGACAUUCAAGACACUAAUAGUUGAAGGAAUGGAGGCACCAAUAGGCGAGGAGGACUGGCCCAAGCUCCUAAAGAUUUAUGACAAGAAAAAUGAAGGAGUAUUGAACUGGGAGGACCUCCUGUUAAAUCAUAAGUACAUUCAUGCUCAAUUCAAAUUGGGUCCUAAUGAUGACAUCAAGGGAAAGAAAGGAAAGAAAGGGAAGAAGAAAGGUGGAAAGAAAGGAGGGAAGAAGGGAAAGGGAAAGAUAUUGUUUCCCAUUUAUUUUGAGGCUGAGCGUCCGCCAGUGGCUGGAGUAGCUGAUGGACUGAUAGAAAGAGAAGAAUAUUUAACUGAUUAUCAAAGAUUCAGUGUACCUCUACCUAAUGGACUCAUUGAUGAUUCACCAUGGUACCUCAUGCCUCAAGAGCCGUCCUACAUCAAUCUAUACGAAGCAAUACGUCACGGAGACUUUGACUCAAUAGAGCUGGCACUGUCAGAGACUGGAAUGAGUCCUGACGCUAGGGACAAGUACAACAAGACUCCUUUGAUGAUAGCAGCAGCUCACGGACGCUGUGAUGUAGCCGAAUAUCUCAUCACUAAAGGAGCUGAUGUAAAUGCAAUUGAUAAUUUCAUGUGGACUCCAUUACAUCAUGCUUGUCAUGCAGGCGAGGAAGCUGUGGUUAGGCUCCUAUUGACUUCAGGAGCAAACACUGAUAAACAGUCCUUCAAUGGAGGGACUCCGAUAAUGAGAGCCAUUGAGAGCUCACAAAGAAGUAUUGUCAAACUUUUAUUGGAGAAAGGUGCAAAGUUGAACCUUGAGAACAGUCAUGGUGACACUGCGCUAGAUAUAGCCAGGAGCUGGGGUGACGACAUCAUAUAUGCCAUGGUUUAUGCGGUAGCAGCAAAACAACCUCCUCCGGAGGGAGAUGGGAAAAAGGAUAAGAAGAAAGAUGAUAAGAAGAAGAAAGGAGGAGGGAAGAAGGGGAAAGGAAAGAAAGAAGAUAAAGGACCAGCAGUCAUACCAGGCCCACCGAUAGUUCCUCUCCCUCUUCCGUCACGUCUCCCCACAGCCCAACAAUGUGUGGAGGAGUCUAAGAAGCAAAUCUCACUUGCUAGCUUACAAGCUGAUACAAUCGUAAAACCAGUUACGUCUCCUCGCCUCAGGCAAGCUUGGGGAACUGAUCAAUUGUCUCCCAGGCGGUUUCAUGCACAAAUGGACAAGGAUAGAGAGCAGAGAGGCAUAGAUGUGAUUGACUUUGAUGAAAUUCGAACUCCGUUUCAAAUACAAGUUGCAGCAAGAGCUAAAGCCCUUGAAAUGGCUGAUUUUUGACCUUGCACUUUGACACCUCACAAUUUAAUAUGUUGUACUAUAGUAAUAAUAAAUAAAAUAAUAAUGAUUAUGAUGACGAUGAUGAUGUUGAUCAGAGUAUACAUAAAUUUCCUGCUUCCAUACUAAUUUAGCACGUCCCACUUUAUUUGUAUGGUUUCACGUUUGCAGAGCAUAAAUUGACGUUUUCUGAGCCACUUUGUCACUUAUCAACCUCUCGACUCCUUCCCAGGAAAUAAAGAAAAUGUUCAAGUUCUCCUCACUGCUGUUACUCGUUAUCGCCGGGGCCUGCCGGGCCAGCUUCUUUAUACCGGGCAGCACCAACCAGCCAAUGUCUUGCAAUGAGCCAGUAAAGGGAUCAGGCCAAGGGAUCAAUAUAACGGAGAGCUGUAGUCCACUGUUCUACAGCCACUGUUUUCGCUACAGAUACGGCAACACCUUUACUUACUUGCCUAACUGUGUCAAGAGUCAAAGUGAAUACGAUGCCAACGAAGCAUUCCGACCUUACGUCGAAAACAUCCUCUCCUUCAAUAGACCAGACGCCUCUAAUGCCACCAAGGAAUGCCUGGAUGAGCUCAUUCCCUUGAUCUGUAACGCCUUUUAUCCACUCUAUUAUGGCUCGUCUUAUCUAGCGCCAUGCACAGGUCACUGCCAGAGUGUUUUCUCCAAGUGCAUGGAGGCAGGUGUCCCUGUUAACCUCUCAUCUUGGAACUGCACCUCUAUGUUCGAUACCAAUUGUCCAGCUGUUAAAGAUAGGGAUAUCAAAUGCAUGGAGCCUUGUAAAGUAGCUGAACCAGAACCUCCUUCAUGCUUCAAGAAAUGCAAUGUUUCAGCUACAUCAAUGAAAGUAUGUACCAAAAAGGAAAGAAAGUGUUCUGCCAGCCAUAGGCAGGUGAAACCCUCGGUGUCUGGGAACCAAUUUGGAAGAUUUGAAUUUGGUGCUAAAGUUGAAGUACUAGAACAAGUCCAUCUCUGUGAGCCCAGAAACUCGAUUGCUUAUAAAGUGAAGGUUCUUCACGACUACUUCCUUGAUUGUAAGAACUGUCACAACACUAGUCAGGAAGUGACCUCUGGGAGUAUCAUAUAUGUUCUCACCACGGACACAGUUGAUACUUGUAAGGAGAGAUGCAUUGAGAAUAUGAUGACAAUUGGCGAAACGUACUUCAUUAUGGGACAGCUUGUUUCGGAUUACUUAGCACAAUGCGGAACAAAAGUCUGGAUAUUGGACAGAACCAAGAGAAAUAGAUCGGUCAUAUAUUUAUGGGACAAAGUCCUUAAAGAUAAAAAGAACAGGAGAAAUAGCCUUUACGACCUUGCACUAGAUAAGUUUGUCUGCAAAUGGCCUUGCACACGUUCCUCUAUUUCAUGCAAUAACUAACACUCAUGUAAAUUUUUAUCUUCAAUCUGUAAAAUUAAUGCAUUACUUCUUAAGUCUACAGUAUCAUUAUUAUAACAUGAUUAUCAUUAUUAUUAUUAUUGUCCUCAGUUUGUUUCAAUUAAUUCACUAUAAUACUAUAUUAUAAUAGAUCUACUAAUUAUUAUUAAAAUUUUAUUCUAUAAUCUCUGUCACUUGCUGAUUGG